AUGUCUCACCAAAUUGGCGGCAUCGACGUUGCUUUUACGCCGUCGAACCGCAAAUUUCACAACUACUGGACUGAUUUCCGGCCCUCGACAAAAGUAAUUCUUCCUGAAGGAUGGCAGCGAGAGCCAGGUUUUCGUGCAUUGAGCGAGCCUAUCAUCUGGGAAAAAGACAUUCCUAUCGCCAUGCGGGAUGGAACGAUUCUCCGUGGUGAUGUUUUCCGUCCUUUAGCUAAGGAUAAUGUUCCUUUGCCUGCACUUCUCCCUUGGAGCCCGUAUGGAAAAACAGGAAGUGGCCACCAUCAGACAACCAGCUUUACCUGGCUGGGUGUACCUAAGAGCUCUUUGAGUGGCCUGGAAAAGUUCGAGGCACCCGAUCCAGCUGAAUGGUGUCCACGUGGAUACAUUGUUGUCAAUGUGGACGCGCGGGGAUGCUUUGAUUCUGAAGGCGACAUUUUCAUCUUCGGCACCCAGGAGGGUCGUGAUGGUCAUGACACCAUUGAGUGGAUCGCAGAGCAGCCUUGGUGCGAUGGAAAUGUGGCCUUGGUAGGAAAUUCCUGGCUAGCUAUGACUCAGUGGUUGAUCGCAGCAGAAAAGCCACCACAUCUGAAGGCGAUUGCUCCAUGGGAAGGAAUCGGUGAUUUCUAUCGUGAGAGUAUCUGCCGUGGCGGCAUUCCCAACUCGAUGUUCUGGGACCUCCUUCUGAAAGAGUUCAAUGGAAAGACUCAACGCGAGGAUAUUGUGGCUAUGAUUGAGAAGUACCCGCUCAUAAACGCAUACUGGGAAGACAAGAGACCCCGACUGCAGGACAUCAAGAUCCCGAUGUAUAUCCUGGCGAGCUACUCAACCGGAUUGCAUACUGAGGGAUCUAUCCGUGCAUGGAAGUAUGCUGGAUCGGAUGAGAAAUGGCUACGAAUUCAUCCUACUCAGGAAUGGUUUGACAUUUACCAGCCAUUUGCGAAUGAUGACCUUCAACGCUUUUUGGAUCACUUCCUUCUUGGAAAAAACAAUGGCUGGGAGGUAACACCCAAGGUCCGUCUCUCUUUAUUGAGAUACAACAAGGCCCCGAUCAGCUUCCGCGCAGAAGACCGUUACCCUCCUUCCCGGAUGGAAUACAAGACUUUCUACCUUAACGCCGCCAAGGAGAACGGAAUGGUUGCAGGAUCUUUACAACCUGAGGCUCCCUCUGAGAUCGUCACCACCUCAUACCAAUCUGAUAUGUGGGAAGACGAUGGGGCUUACUUCGCGCUCAAAUUCACGGAACAAACCGAGUUGAUUGGCAGCUCUCAGGUCAAACUAUACAUGUCAUGCGCUGAUCUCGACGAUAUGGAUGUAUACGUGAUUAUUCGAAAGCUCGAUCGCUCCGGAAAGCCACUGCUCAACUACAAUAUUCCCUUUGAGUACCAGAAGCCUGGAACUACCCCCGACAUGAUUGACGAUGAAAACAUUUACAAGUAUGUCGGGCCAAGUGGCCGGCUUCGCGCUUCUAAGCGAGCUGCCACAACUGAAGAACCUGACAUGCUUGAGAGCAGGAAGGAGAAUCAAGAGCCUACAGAGCUUUUCUUCCCGCAUGACAAGUCAGAAAAGGUUCCUCCUGGUCAGGUCGUGGAACUCAGGAUUCCCAUCUGGGCUGGUGGUAUUGUUUUCGAUGAAGGAGAAUCGCUGAGAUUGGAGAUCAAGGGCCAUGACCCUAUUUUGCCUGAAUAUCCAGCCUUGAUCAAGGGACCAAAGAAUUUGAACAAGGGUCAACAUGUCGUGCAUACUGGUGGUGAGUCCUUGUCUACGUUGACAGUUCCACUGACCAAGGUGUGA